UUCAGCGUCACAUGACUGAAUCGUGCCCCGACGUCAUCACCCUUCACGGAAGUCAGCGCAGUGAUGGUGGCGGCCUCGUCAGCCUAGCAUCAGGAAGAGGAUGUUUGUUUCCAGUGAAAGGAUAAAAUCACCUGUUUAUCGGCCUUUUUGACAAAUUAAAACAACCGCAAAGUGUUUCUGUCCAACCUACUGGGCUUUAGACAGCGCGAUCCCUUCACCUGGAGCCGCCCUCUGUGAGUCUGAAGCAGGGCGCUGGGGAGGAAAAUGUCCCUGUUCCAGUCGGCAUUGGAUUUCCUAGCCGGGCCCGGCUCGGUCGGGGCUGCCAGCCGGGACCAGAAUGACUUCGUCGGACAAGUCGUUGAGCUCGGUGACAUGAAACUGAGGAUAAAGAGGGUGAUCGCAGAAGGUGGAUUCGCCUUUGUGUAUGAAGCUCAGGACAUGAGCGGUGGUAAAGAUUAUGCCCUCAAGAGGUUGCUUUCCAAUGAGGAGGAGAAGAACAAGGAAAUCAUACAGGAAGUCUGCUUCAUGAAAAAGCUGUCAGGCCAUCCCAACAUGGUUCAGUUCUGCUCGGCCGCCUCCAUCAGCAAGGAGGAGUCAGACACCGGACAGGCCGAGUUCCUGAUCCUCACUGAGCUGUGUAAAGGUCAGCUGGUGGACUUUAUAAAGCGAGUGGAGCAGAGAGCUCCCCUGUCAUGUGACACCGUGCUGAAAGUCCUUUACCAGACGUGCCGCGCCGUGCAGCACAUGCACAAACAGAAGCCUCCAAUCAUCCACAGAGACCUCAAGAUUGAAAACCUCUUGAUUAGUAACCAGGGCACCAUCAAGCUGUGUGACUUUGGCAGCGCCACAACGGUGUCACAUUACCCCGACUACAGCUGGUCUGCACAGAAGAGAUCUAUGGUGGAGGAUGAGAUCACGAGAGACACCACUCCUGCUUACCGAACACCAGAGAUGAUCGAUCUUAUACUCCACUUCCCCAUCAACGAGAAACAGGACAUCUGGGAUGGAGAGAACAGCUAG